CCGAUAAAGGGUCGUGUUGCAACAAGAGCGCGACAAAAACCGGCGUAAUUUCCCUUAAAACCAGCGAGCAGACACGCGUAUAUCAUUUUUUUUUACGAGGAAAAAACUAGAGCACACUACCAUGUAUUCUGACGAGAGCAUUUACGAUUUAAUUCCGCGAGAGGAACUGAAGAAACCGAAGGAAGCAAGGUACACCUCUAAAUUCCGUGACAAUGUCAAAGUUGAGAAAGAAAAAAACAAGGACUCAUAUAAGACAAUGGGUCCUGCCAAAGUUUUGGUUCCAGAGACAACAAACUUCUUAAGAAAGCACACAAAAGAACCAGUGCUUCCCGACAAGCAGCCUUUUAAAUACCCUGAUGAAGAUCAUCGCCGGCCGGCCGUGCCAGCUCCAAGCGAUCGUCCUCUGAUGGGACUUAAAACUACCAAAAACUUCAUCACCACAAAUGCAGUAGAGAACAUCACAUCAGUGCCUAAAAAGGCAGAGAAGAUUUAUGUUGAUACCAAAAAGGGAGACAAACACAAACUGGAUACAUCAGGACUUGAACCCAUUUAUAUUAAAAAGAAGGACUUCGGUGAAACUCCCCAGUACCUGUUGAAAAGACGAGAGGAAAUUCGCAAGGCGCAGGAGGAGUAUGAUGCUUACAUUGCUGAGCAUUUCCGACGGGGGACAAUGAAACAGUUAACGAGGGAAGAGCGAGAGCACAUUUUAAUGGGAUUGAAAGCCAACUGGGAGGAGAUUCACAAAGAAUACCAGGGUUUGUCAGUCGUCACAGAUACAGCACCGAAGAAAAACCGAAAGGAGCGAAUGGAGGCCGAAAUGAAACAGUUAGAACGAGACAUUCAGAUCAUUGAAAAACAUACACAAAUUUAUAUCGGAAACUAGUGAAACAUCACAUCAAUAAUGUUGUCCAAGUUAUUUAAUUUUCUAUACAAGAUUGAGGACGGGCUGGGGUGGUUGUUUAUACUGGAUAAGGAGGUAUACGUUCUCAACUGAAAUGUACAUUAUUGAGAAAAUGAAUUGUUGGGAUACAUGUACCCAUGCUAAUAAAGACCAAAAUUAUAAUUAACAUCAUU